AUGGGAAAAACUGAUUUAGAAUCCUCACCAUGGAAAGCAAUUAUGAAGCUGAAUUGGAGGAUUUCUAAAAUGUUGAAGCGACGAGGAGAAGAAAAUUCCGCUUUUAAUCUUGCUUACAAAGUAUUUUCUGCUGAUGCUUUGAUUGUGGCUUGGAUAAAAAGUUCAACUGUUUUUAUUUUAUAUUCCUACUUCUGUAACUUUGUGUUGACGCUGCAAUCAGACGAUGAUAGUGGAAUGGAUCCAGAAGCAAUACAUAUCCAAAACCUUGAUGUCCCUAUAUCCUCUGCAUUUUUUGAUAACGGAUUGCAAUGGGCACCAUACAUUAUAAAUGCAGGGGCUAUUACAACCAUGUGUUCAUCAUUGCUUGGUGGAAUGUUGCCUCAGAUGUGGUUUGAUAAUGCAUGGUUAGCUCCUUUUAACCAUUCUGGUAACUCUGCUGGAACCGUCACUACUUACUAUUGGACAGGGAUGCUAAAUUUUCUUGAAGCGGGUCUUAAGGUUUGUUCAAUUAGGUAUAAAAUACUUGAUGGAACAAUGUCCGUCGCUGAAAGAGAUGAAGUUGUUAAGGAAUUUAAAACAAACUCUGAGGUUUGUAAAGUCAUAUAUGGAUUCUUGAAGUUGUAUAAUUACCUAAACAUACCCUGUAUUUUAUUAACCUUCCAUGUAUUUGAUUGA